AUACAAUUAUAUUAUCAUUAUUUAUUUCUAAUUUUAAUGUAAAAAAAAUUCCCUAACCCAACCAAUAGUGGACUUGUCUUCGGUUAGAAAACUGCCAGUGAUGUCGCUUUAUUUUCAAAAUUACUUUGUUUUUAUUUUUUUGGAAAAUUUCUCUGAAACUUCUAAAAACAAACGACUUCCAUUCAUUUAAUCAUUUCUAUAUCUACAAUCUUUUUAAAUCAUCUCUCUCUCUCUCUCUCUCUCGCUCUCUCUCACGAAAACCUCCAUCUCCUAUAUAUCCCUUUUCCCUGAUCCAGAUAUCUUAAUACAUACAUACAAUUAAAUAUACAACACAUCCAAAUUAAAGAAAAUUGUGAUGCAGUAGUGAAUAUACGAAGUCGAAAAAGCCUUCCGUGAAAUGCCAAUGGAUCGAUCACCGUUUUCGUCGUCUUCCUCCGACAGCUCCCAGUUCUCGUCGACGAGCUCGUCUCCGGCGAAAGGCUCGACGAUCGUACUUUCUAUCGAGUGCUUGAAGGGCAGCUCGAAAGCCGACGAAUGGACCGGCGAUAUGCUGCAGACGGGCGACAUAGUGGAGGAACUCAGAAUCGGCAACAUGAUUGUCAAAUCGCCCUUCAAAAACGGGAAAUCCGGCGUCCAGAAGAUCCUACACGGCUCCUUCAGGCAGAAGGAGACGUCCAUACGGGUCCGGGUCAGGCGGGGCUCCUCCGACCUGGCCGAGCUGCAGGCCUGCAUAGUGCCCGGCGACCAGUUCGUCGGCCGGAAGCAGUACGUUCUCCGAGCCAUCGACGACCCCAACUAUGCCGUCGGCUUCAUCGAUCGGACCGAGACCGAGUGCCUUGAUUUGCAAGCUUCAAGGACGUCAAGAAUGGUGAGUGCAUUAGAGAGAAGUCCGCUCCAAGACGGAUACGUAUCGUAUCCGUGGGAGCGGAGGCUGGUGGAGAUGCUCUCCAUCCCCAAUUCCAGCAGCUUCUACUCCCUCCUCUUCCUGCCCAAAUCCUCCGACAAAGCAAGCGCCCGCUACAACGACCUCGAGGACACCCUCGCACGUGCCCACGCUUGGAUCAACGCGUCUCAGGCCUCCGGGGUUCCCAUCGUCUUCAUGAACAUCCAAACCGAGUCACUUCUCACCAAGAUCUCCGGCGACACGGCUUCUUCCACUGUCAACGCUGGAUCCCUCUCGGACCUCUCCAACAUCGCAAACACGAGCCUCUACGGAUUCGAAGACUACCACGGCGUGGACCUGGGCGUGGUCCGAGCCGUCCGUCUCUGGUUCUCCCCUCUCGCGGGGGAGAUCCCCAUUGAGAUCAGGAUCAAAGACACCGACACCAGGCUUGGAUUCGCCAUCAGCAGAACCGAAGAGGGAUUCAUCUACAUAUCGUCGGUGAUCGAGGGCGCACACGACGCGCCCUCGGCCCGGUCGGGGCUCAGCAGCCUGUACAAGCAGGCGUCCCAAUCGUCGCGGCUGCUGGUGGUGUCCCGGAUAUCGAACCAGAAGGUGCUGCCGUGGAUGGUGUCUGCGACGGGCGCCAUCCGCUGCUUCGACACGGUGUCGCUCAGCCAGAAGCUGUCGUUGCACCGCCACACCAGAGUUCCCAUCCUCCUCCACGUCUUCCUCUGGGACAGAAGCGCCAACAACGCGAAUGUGGGCAGCAUCAGGGCCCGAGCCAUGUCCACGUCGCCCCCCUCCGCACCAUCCACGGAGGCGCACCUCGAGAUCACGAACCGCGUGGCGCCGUUGCUGGAGGAGGAGGAUUCGGAUGAUGAUGAGGAGACCGUAGCGAGUGAUGGACAGGAACAGGAUGUUACGAUUGCACGAGAUACCGCCGGGGAAUUUUCUUUCCGGCUGCAUGAUUUUGCUCUUAAAAAUAAUUGGGUGUGAGAAAUGAGAAUGGCCUUCUCUUUUUAAUUAUUUUCUUUUUUUGUUUAGUUGUUAAAGAUUUUUGCCUAGCUAGCUUGCUUCCUUCCGGUGUUUGAUUUUUGGUGUAUAUAAUAUAAGCAACUGAGUUUAUCAA